AUGAUCGCGACUAUGACCAUGACCGCCGUGACCGUGGCGGUGACAGAUAUCCCCAUGACGACAGAAGACCUCCCAGCGAAAUGCCCCGUUUCACUGGACGUGAAGACUCUCGUGCUAAUAGUCACGAAUUCUCAUUCGAGCACUCUCGUCAACUGCCUACCGACUCAUAUCGCCCUGAUAGCAACGACCAGCGAUCUCGAGCCCCACCGUCAGGACCUCGUCGUGGGGCUGGGCGAAGCGGAUCUUCGAGAGGAAGAGGAGGGGGAAUUUCGCCAGAGGCGUGGGGAUCGUUUCAAAGAGGAUGUUGAGGAUGGGGUCAACGAGGGUCAGGUCGAGGGUGAAUAUGAAGGUAAAGAGAAGAAAGAUGACGCCAUGGACACUCCAAUGGAAAUGUCGGAAAACGAAGGUGAAGCUGGAAGCGGGAGCGCUACUAAGGACAAAGGUGGGGAAGAAAAUGCGGGAAAGUCGGAAAAGAAACCGGACGUUAUAUCAAUGAUCCGGGCAUUCAAAAAACAAACCGCUACCACUCGCAACGAGGUCGCUGAAAACGACGACUUUAUCCCGUUCUCGUUCAUCGAUGAACCGGCGGCGCAGCAGCAGCAGCAGUCAGAAUCUGAAUCAGAAUAUGAAGCUGAACGGGAGCGCGAGGAGGGUCGUAAGAUGCGCCGCGCUAACGAUGGUCACAGAAUUGUCGAACAUCAUGGCCGUAGCAGGGACUUGAGUAGUGGCGAUCUAAAAAGCUCUUCUAUUGGCGACUUCUCACAUAGAGACGCACUUUACGGCCGUGUCGAUGAAAAAAAGCCUGUUCAGGAUCUUGGCCCGCCUGGGGCAUCAACUUUCAUGGCUGCGCCUGCAGCACUUUCAGCGCCUCCGGGUCUAGGAGGGCCUAUCAAACUUAAUCUAGAAGAGGGCUCGAAAAAAGUUUCUACUGUUGAACAUCUACCGAAGCCUGCCAAAUCUUUCAAUAACAAAGACGGAGAUAUACCUUGGCCCCCCCGCCUCCGAGCCCUCUUACCUCCGAAGUUUGGUGAAUUCAACCGGAAACGGAAUGUCAAUCCCGCAACCGCUGAUGGAAACGUUAAACCCGAGUGGGCAAUUAAACCUAGCAGUGGGGUCGAUCCUAUACCAUGGGUUAGGGGAGGAGCUGAUCACUCGAGGUCUUUGGAAACCACAGAUUGGCUGCACAAGGAAAUUACGGAUUUUAUGGCCUACAUUCAACCGCGGGCCUAUGAACACGCUAUUCGCCGAGAUCUCGUUCACCGCGUUCGUCAAGUGAUCACUAACCUGUGGCCUGACGUUGAUGUUCGCGUUUUUGGUUCCUUUGCAGCAGAACUUUACCUCCCGACAUCCGAUGUCGAUUUGGUAGUUGUUUCGAAAUCUUUCGUUGAAUUCGACCUACCCAAGUAUAAUACAAGACCGUCCCUAAACAAGUUAGCAGGUGCACUUAAAAAGUCUGGCAUUACAACCUGGCAAGACGUUCAGGUCAUUGCAUCUGCAAAAGUGCCAAUCAUCAAAUUUACAGACAACAUAACAAAAAUUCACGUGGAUAUUUCAUUUGAAAACUCUUCUGGGCUCGUUGCAAAUGAAACUUUCCAACGUUGGAAAAUUGAAUACCCAGCAAUGCCAGUCCUUGUUGUCUUGAUAAAACACUUCCUUUCGAUCCGCGGCCUUAACGAGCCGUAUCAAGGCGGCCUUGGAUCCUUCUCUGUCACAUGUAUGGUAAUUUCCAUGCUUCAACUCCUUCCAUCGGUCCGCAGCGGAGCAGUCGACCCGCGCCUCCAUCUGGGUGUAAUGCUUCUUGAAUUUCUCGAACUCUACGGGGAGAACAUAAAUACUAGUGUUGUUGGGAUCCGCGUCGACGAUAACGCCCCGGGCUAUUUCAGGAAGACCGGUGUAUUUAAUGUUAACCCCAACCAUAAGACCUGGCAAUUAUGCAUACAGGAUCCCCACGAUCCUGAGAAUGAUGUCGCAAAGAGUUCAUAUCAAAUAUCUCUCAUCUUGCAAUGUUUUGCCGACGCCUACCAUGCGCUAGUGAAACAAAUGGCUUUGCUUGACAGUUUACCAUUCGAAACGCGAGCCGGAAGGUCAAUUCUCGGUGUCAUAAUAGGUGCCAACUACAGGAAUAUCAGUUCAAUGCGGGAAACCCUGAAGCACGUAUAUCGACAGAAAUAUGGUUCGCUUGAUGUAGAAGAUAUUAUGGGAACAAGGGAAGCCAAGGGCCCUGCAAUUACUGCAAAAGAGAAAAGGGAGAAAAAUGUGGGCGGAAAUUCUGCUACAAAGCCUAAGAGAUUGAGAGGUCUUGAGCAGCCUCAUGAGAAACGGGAUAGUAGAAAAGCGAAAAAAGAGGCGAGAGUAAAAGAGAGGGCGAUGGAGAAGGAAAAAGCAGCUGGUGGUGGACCGAAAGCCAAGGAAGUGAUCAUCAUCGAUUGA